GCUGCAGGCCGCUCCUCUGAGCUCUGGUCUUUCCUGCAGCGGCCGCCUCAGCAUGGAGAGCGGCGCAGGUGCGGCGUCCACCCCCAGAGCGCUGCCUUACUUCGUGGCCUCCUCCCAGCUGCUGGGCCUGACCGUGGUGGCCAUGACUGGCGCUUGGCUCGGCCUGUACCGGGGCGGCAUCGCCUGGGAGGGCGCCCUGCAGUUCAACGUGCACCCGCUCUGCAUGGUCAUAGGCCUGGUCUUCCUGCAGGGAGACGCCCUGCUGGUCUACCGCGUCUUCAGGAACGAGGCCAAGCGCACGACCAAGGUCCUGCACGGGCUGCUGCACGUCUUUGCCUUCGUCAUCGCGCUGGUGGGCUUGGUGGCAGUGUUCGACUACCACAAGAAGGAGGGCUAUGCUGACCUGUACAGCCUGCACAGCUGGUGCGGGAUCCUCGUCUUCGCCCUGUACUUUGUGCAGUGGACUGUGGGCUUCAGCUUCUUCCUGUUUCCUGGAGCUUCGUUUUCUCUGCGGAGUCGCUACCGCCCCCAGCACGUCUUCUUUGGUGCCACCAUCUUCCUCCUUUCCGUGGGCACCGCCCUGCUGGGCCUGAAGGAGGCGCUGCUGUUUAAACUCGGGGCCGACUACAGCAAGUUCGAGCCCGAGGGUGUCUUGGCCAACACGCUGGGCUUGCUGCUGGUCUGCUUCGGCGUGCUCGUGCUCUACAUCCUGACUCCGGCCGAGUGGAAGCGGCCUCCCCAGGCUGAAGAACAGGCUCUCUCCAUGGACUUCAAGACGCUGACGGAGGGGGACAGCCCCAGCUCCCAGUGACGGCCUGCUCCGGUCCCGUGGAGGGGCCUGGCGGUGGAGGCCCCCUCGGCUCUGUGGGGCUCUGAAGGUGUCUGCCCACCCCCUGCUGAGGCUGGCCGUCCUCGUCCUCGGGAUUGGUGGCUCCCAGGGAGGGGCUCAGGCAGGGUGGGUGGGGAGUGUGGGUGCAGCCGUGUCUGUUUUAGUGAUUUCCGGGUAGGGCUUGUCCUCCGCUUUCUUUUUGUCACUGCUGUUGUGGACAGUCCAGUUGGUCGUGUGUAGGCCCCGUGUCCCCAUUGCCCCUCCUGUGCAGAAGGCUUUGGAGAGGGUUUGGGUGUCAGUCCUGGUCACAGACGCACAGACCCCAGAAAAGGAGUUGGCGAUGGCUUUGCGCAGCGGGGGCAUCGUAGCCAACGAGGUUUACCCGAGGCUCGAUCACUGCUAAUUGAAAACCUCCUGGUGUCCCGCCACGGUGACUUGCAGUACAGUCGGCACUGGCAAGUUUUGACGGUCCCUAUGGGGACGGAAUAAAAGAAAAAAAAAGAAGAAAGAAUAAA